AUGUCCAUCCGACGGAAGGAACUGCGUUCCCAACGGAAGGAGCCACUGGGAUUGGAACUCAUCGCCACUUUCCCACGUCCUCCACCCGGGCCUCGCUCACCAGCUAGAUUAUCAUUGCAAAGCCCAGGACUCACUCCACGGCCUUCAAAUUAUGGGUUCAUUCCAUUUGGUCCUGCGAACAACUACACAGACACAGACACGGAUUCGCUUUACGACGAGCCUGGACCGCCACCACCACCUCGUGCUCAAUUUGCUCAAACUUCGGCGCCGAUUCCGGCGCCGCCUUCAAAUCACAAUACAGAACUUCAACUUGUUCUUGACCAUCCGUCCAAAGUGUUUGCACCAGGAGAUUGGAUAACAGGAUAUAUCAUUGGCUGGUCGACCGCAGAAGAGCACAUUCACAUUAUCUUCUCUGGGCAGACUACGACGAAGAUCCAGGACCCCAAAACAACGCAUACCAACCACACGCCGCUUGUCUUCCAAACGACACACCUGAAGCCCGGCGCGCAAACCCCUAUACCAAGGUUUGAAUUCCUCAUUCCGCAUUUGUGCGAGUUUCCACCUGCGGACCUCAACGACAUCACGCAAGGUCAUGAAGCAGGGAAGAGCUAUUGGACGACAGGGUGGCCGAAUCAGAAUCCGUUCGAGGACAAAGCAGGACAUCCGUUACCACCAUCAAUGUACAUGGGGCCACGCAGCGUGUCAAAGCUAUCCAACAUCCAGGGCUCCGCAUCAACAGCAUACUCCUUGGUCGCCAUCCGCUCCACAUCGGAUCCUAGCACUCACAAACUCAUUCCAAACGCAACCUUCCACUAUCCCAUAACACUCACGACACUGCGCCUCGCAGUCUCCAAGCUCACCCUCUUGAAAGGCGAACAGCACCACAUGACUUCCAACCUGUCCGUCCAGACAGCAGCCCUAGCAAAAGAGCGCAAACUCCGCCUGCGCGAACAAUUCUGCGAUGCAUUCAACACCGCAGCGCCAACCUUCUAUUUCAGCGUCAAGGCCAGCGCACCGCGCUUAUCCAUGCCAGGUGCGAGCCUCAAGAUGAGUCUGACAAUGGACGUUCUUGCCCCACCACCGGGGAAGCUAUACAACUUUCCGAUUCCAGAUAUCACCGUUGCGAGUAUGACGUUUGUCGUGCGGUCGUAUACGGGCAUCCGCACGCUUCUACCCGCACAUGUGGCAUCUCAAGCCGACAUCAAUUCACCGGAAAUGCCUGUGAGGAGGGAAACGCUCAAGAACGUCGAAAUUCGAGCAAUGCAAACGCCUGCUAACGCGACGUUCGCCCCUCAGAAAGGUGCUUUUGAAGACCAGGUGUGCAUAGCGAGUAUCACGUUGCCGAAGGAUGUGCUGCCGAGUUUUAAAACAUAUAGUGCAUGGAGAGGGUACCGUCUAGAGUGUGUGAUAAAGUUGAGGGUUGCGGGGAAGGACGUGGAGGCCAAGUUUGCGGAUGAUCUCGAUGUUGUUGCUGGCGGGGAUAUGAAGGUCGAGCGUGCAAUGGUCCCCGCUGAUGAUGGGAUGAGUAGGCGGGUAGCGGAGGCUUUUGUGAGGACGAGUGUGAGUGGGUAG